AAGGCUUUCUAGCAAGUACGCCUGCAUUUUUAACAAAGUCUAGUUAGGCUUCGUAGCUUUUGGCGGGUUAAACGUAUCGUGCUGAUUUCAGUGUUUUAGCGAAAUUUGAUAAUGGGCGACAAAGACGGUGAAACUUUUGAUGAUGCUGUGGAGGAACGAGUUAUUAACGAAGAGUACAAGAUAUGGAAGAAAAACACCCCAUUCUUGUAUGACCUUGUGAUGACACAUGCUUUGGAAUGGCCAUCUUUAACUGCUCAAUGGUUACCGGACGUGACUAGGCCUGAGGGAAAGGACUAUUCGGUGCAUCGUCUUAUCUUGGGCACUCACACUUCAGACGAACAAAAUCAUUUGCUUAUAGCUAGCGUGCAGUUGCCGAACGAAGAUGCUCAAUUCGAUGCUUCUCAUUACGACAAUGAGAAGGGGGAGUUUGGAGGAUUCGGUUCUGUUAGUGGUAAGAUAGAAAUCGAAAUCAAAAUAAAUCAUGAGGGAGAGGUGAACAGAGCGCGGUACAUGCCGCAAAAUCCAUGCGUAAUCGCAACGAAAACACCGUCGAGUGACGUUCUUGUCUUUGAUUAUACGAAACACCCAAGUAAACCGGAUCCUAAUGGCGAAUGCCAGCCUGAUUUGAGAUUAAGGGGUCAUCAGAAGGAAGGUUAUGGCCUAUCAUGGAAUCCAAACUUGAAUGGAUACUUGCUCAGUGCGUCUGAUGAUCAUACAAUUUGUUUGUGGGACAUUAAUGCACCUCCUAAGGAAAAUCGUGUGAUUGAUGCAAAAACAAUCUUCACCGGACAUACUGCUGUCGUUGAAGAUGUAGCUUGGCAUCUGUUGCACGAAUCAUUGUUUGGAUCCGUCGCGGAUGAUCAGAAAUUGAUGAUUUGGGACACAAGAUGUAACAAUACUAGUAAACCGAGUCACACGGUGGAUGCUCACACUGCUGAAGUGAAUUGCUUAAGUUUCAAUCCGUACUCGGAAUUUAUCCUUGCGACUGGUAGCGCCGACAAAACGGUGGCACUUUGGGACUUGAGGAAUCUUAAGUUGAAAUUGCAUUCUUUCGAGUCUCACAAAGACGAGAUCUUUCAAGUCCAGUGGUCGCCGCAUAACGAGACGAUAUUAGCUAGUAGUGGUACAGACAGGCGUCUACACGUCUGGGAUCUUAGUAAAAUUGGCGAGGAACAAUCCAGCGAAGAUGCCGAAGAUGGACCACCCGAAUUACUGUUCAUUCAUGGUGGUCAUACCGCGAAGAUCAGUGAUUUUUCGUGGAAUCCGAACGAACCGUGGGUUAUAUGUUCUGUUUCGGAAGACAAUAUAAUGCAGGUAUGGCAGAUGGCGGAGAAUAUUUACAAUGAUGAAGAACCAGACACACCAGCGAGUGAAUUGGAAGCUGGUGCUUCAUAAAAUAUGUAAGAAAAAUAACCGAUUAAAUUAUUUGAUAUUGAAAUUUUCCAACGUGUUCGCGUACGUACACACAUAUAUAUGUAUAUAUACCAUAUACCAUAUUAAACCACAUAUAUAUAUAUAUAUGUGGUGUGGUUUGAUAUCAUAUAUACAUAUAUAUUUAUAUAUAUCUGUGUGUAUAUGUGUGGAUGUGUGUGUCCUCACGUGAAACCAAUGAUCCCAAUUAGGGUUGAGAAAAAGACAUUAAAGUGAAUUUGUACGUUUAAACGAAAAAGAAUCAUCGAAAAGCAAUAAUACCUAUUUUUACUACCGAUCUUACGUCCGCUUACAAACACGUACAUCAAUUACACACACACACUUCUACGAUUGAUCAAGAACAAGCGUGGCAUGCCAACUUUCUUAGAAAUAAAUUGACAAUUGUAUUUCAUUGAUUGUAACAUUGCGAUACACAUUAUGUAUAAAUUUCUAGAAAAAUCAUUUCACCUCUACAGAUUCUGUGAUGUGUUGCAAUUUUUUUACGUUUAUAUAUAAAAUUAUAUGUGCAUUACGCAAUAGAGUAAAGUGUAAAAUGAUUUCCGACGAAUACUAAUAAUAAUAAUAAUAAU